UGAAAAGUGUUUGUUAUCAUUGUUUAACGGAAACACAAGUUUAGGGUUUCAACGCAUAAAAUACUUUUGGAAAACCCUAAAAAUUCUUUGUUUGCGAGAAGUUGAAGGCUCAAGCUUCUGUAGCAGGUGAAGCAGAGGAGAAGAGGAGCAGAGGAAAUGGGUCCUCCAGUAGCAAAGAAGGGAGCGGCGCCCACAAAGGGAGGGAAAAAGAAGGCUAACACCUUCGUCAUCGACUGUGGAAAGCCAGUAGAAGACAAGAUCAUGGACAUUGCCUCCUUUGAGAAGUUUUUGCAGGAUCGGAUCAAGGUAGGCGGUAAAACUGGGGUUUUGGGUGAUGUGGUGACUAUCUCCCGCGACAAGAACAAACUGAGUGUCACUUCUGAGACGGCCUUUUCUAAAAGGUAUUUAAAGUACUUGACAAAAAAGUAUUUGAAAAAGCAUAAUGUCAGGGAUUGGUUACGAGUGAUAGCAUCCAAUAAGGAUCGCAAUGUCUAUGAGUUACGUUACUUCAACAUUGCUGAGAAUGAGGGAGAAGAUGAAGAUUAGAUUGAGUUUUGUCAGUAUUUAGGUAUCAGUGAUACUGAUUUUCUUACUAUAAAGAGUUGGCUGUUGCAAUUAUGUCAUAAAUAUAAUGCCAGAUUUGAGAUUUUUUUGAUUGCUUGUAUUUUGGGUGGCUGUUUGCCUCAAAUAUCGAGGUAGAGAGCUUACAUGUCGAGUAUGGGAACAAUUUUUGGUAGCCUUUGAAUUGCAGAAUGUUAUGUUUGUUAUUUGAAUUUUAUAUGCAAGUUGUGCAUUUGAUUA